UCAGAGACCCCCAGCUGCUCUUUGUACUGUACCCCAAGCAUCAUGCGUGAAAUUGUGCAUCUGCAAAUCGGACAAUGUGGAAACCAGAUCGGCUCGAAGUUUUGGGAAGUGAUCAGUGAAGAACAUGGGCUCAAUGCAACAGGCAACUAUGUGGGAGACAGCAGCCUCCAGCUGGAGCGGGCCAAUGUCUACUUCAGUGAGGCAUAUGGUGGAAAAUAUGUACCCAGAGCCCUGCUUGUGGACCUGGAGCCUGGCACCAUGGACAGUGUGAGGGGAAGCCGAAUCGGAGCCCUUUUUAGGCCUGACAAUUUCAUCCAUGGAAACUCAGGAGCAGGCAAUAACUGGGCGAAGGGCCACUACACAGAGGGAGCGGAGCUGGUGGAGCAGGUGAUUGACAGAGUGAGGAAUGAGAGCGAAAGCUGCGAUUGCCUGCAGGGCUUCCAGUUGGUUCACUCAUUAGGGGGGGGUACCGGCUCCGGCAUGGGAACCCUCAUCAUCAACAAGAUCCGGGAGGAGUACCCUGACCGCAUCAUGAACACCUUCAGCGUCAUGCCGUCCCCUAAAGUCUCUGACACGGUGGUGGAGCCGUACAAUGCUACCCUGUCGGUCCACCAACUCCUGGAGAACACAGACGAGACCUUCUGCCUCGACAACGAGGCCCUCUACGACAUCUGUUUCCGUACGCUGAAACUGACCACACCCACUUACGGGGACCUCAACCACCUGGUCUCUUUGACCAUGAGCGGGGUCACGACCUCCCUGAGAUUCCCUGGGCAGCUCAACGCGGACCUGAGGAAGCUGGCUGUCAACAUGGUGCCUUUCCCUCGCCUCCACUUCUUCAUGCCAGGCUUUGCUCCCCUGACGGCCCGGGGCAGCCAACAGUACAGAGCCGUCUCGGUGACUGAGCUCACGCACCAAAUGUUUGAUGCCCGCAACAUGAUGGUGGCAUGCGACCCAAGGCGAGGGCGCUACCUUACAGUUGCAGGUAUCUUCCGUGGUAAAAUGUCCACCAAAGAAGUAGAUGAACAAAUGCUCGCAAUCCAGCAGAAAAACACCAACUAUUUUGUGGACUGGAUCCCACAUAAUGUCAAGGUUGCCGUGUGUGACAUCCCACCCCGAGGCCUCAAAAUGGCUUCAACCUUUAUUGGCAAUAACACUGCCAUCCAGGAGAUAUUCCGCCGUGUGGGCGAGCAGUUCUCCUUGAUGUUCAGACGGAAAGCCUUUCUUCACUGGUACACGGGGGAAGGUAUGGAUGAGAUGGAGUUCACUGAGGCAGAGAUGAACCUCAACGACCUGGUGUCAGAGUACCAGCAGUAUCAAGAUGCCACUGCAGAUCAAGAUUCAGAAGCAGAAUGUGAAGAGGAGGAGGGACCCUCAUCAUCAGUGACAACUAAAGUGACGGAAACAGUCAAAGGAGCUGUAGAUGAAUAGAAAACACCUUGAUGCAAGGAUGUGGAAAUUGGUAUUGUCUGAAAAAUUAACUAUUUAAGUUUAAUUGAUGGUUGGUUGGUCAGUUGGUUGGAUUAGAUGUCCUUUAUUUGCUGAAAUGUGCUUGGAAAUAUUCACAUUAUAGUGCUUAUCAUGUUUUAUGUAUUUUUUAAAUGUUUGUAUGGUUAUACAUUUGUUUUUGAGGAUAAUCUUUUGUUUUACAGAAAAUAUUUGUAAAUCAUGAACAUCGUUGCAUGUAUGUAUGAAAAAUGUUAUGUUAUGACGCCGCUAUAUAAUCUACUUCCAAAAAAAUGUAUGUGAUGAUUGUCAUUUGUUUUCCUGACCUGCAGUAAAUGUUGCAUUGAGUGAUGAUGUGUACAUGAUUAUGAUAGUAAAUUAAAAACAGCAAAACC